AUCCAUUUAAAUACCUCAAAACAACGCAAUUUUGCAAUAACAUAUAAACGUAAAAAUAGCAUAUUCCCGUUAUGGAGUACUGUUUAUUAUGCCUGGAAAAGUUGUCAAAUUGUAUUAAAGUGAAUUCUGGAAAGUGGCAUGAACAGGAAAUAAAAUUUCUGAUUGAGAAACAUUUAUGGACUAUGAGUAUAAUCUUAGACAACUCCUGGAUAUGUUUAGACUGUAUAAACGAAUUACAGAAUUUUAAUAAAUUUUACGAACGCAUAAAACAGGCACACACAAAUUUGGACAAGUUUGUGGAAAAGGAUGACAAAAAGCCUAUUAUCGAAGAUGAUAAAGACAACGAAAGUGAAAAAGUUGUUAAUGAUGAUCAUACCGAUUUAAAAAUAGAGACAGAAAUUGUGAUGGAACAGGUUAUGGAUGCAGUACAUAUCAAAAGAGAAAACGAAGAUUUAGAUGCCCAAAUUGUGCCGAUAAAUAAAAAAGAUCACAAAGAAGAAAAUGAAGAUAAUGUUAAAGAUUCACUGCAGAAAACUAAAAAAUCAAAACAACAUAAAAUAGUGGUUAAAAAUUUCAAAAAACUAAGAUUAAAAAAUAGGAAACUGAGUGGCCGAAGUAGAAAAUUAUUAAUUUCUGAGAAUUCCGAAACUUCUGAAGUUAAAGUCGCACCUUGUAAAGAAAUGGAAAAAUCAGAAAGUCUUAAUGUAUCUGUUAGAAAUGGUGACUCUGAGGCUAAUCGAAACGAUGAUAAAUGUUUAUAUAAACGACAAAAUCCUGAUGAUAAGGCUCUUAAAGAUUAUGAUAGAAUUAUAGCAGACAAUUUUCAAAUCGAAUGUAAUCUAUGCCAAACUUCAUUUGUAAACUUUAUAGAAUUGCUUAAACAUUUUAAAGAGGAACACAAACAGCGUGGUUAUGCUCUUUGCUGCAAUAGAAAAUUCUUUUCACGUCCCGUUUUAGUCGAUCAUAUUUAUGUUCAUUUAGAUCCCGAACAUUUUAAAUGUAAAGAAUGUGACAAAGUCUUUUCCAAUCGCAGUGUUUUAGUUAAUCAUUUGAAAAUACAUAAGGGCGAAAGUGAGCAGUUUAAAUGUGAUAAAUGUGGUAAGACGUUUGUAACUAUAACAGUACUACGAAAACAUCUCUUUACACAUUCUUCCGAAAAGAUGUUUCCCUGUACAAUUUGUGGAAAAUCUUUCACCAAUUCAUCCAUAUUAAACCAUCAUAUCGGGGCAAUGCAUCAAAAUAAAUUUCUGCAAAUCUGUUACAUUUGCGGCAAAUCUCUACGUUGUUCUAGUGCAUUUACCAGUCAUAUGCAAAAACAUGAAGCUAAAACCACCACUAUUAGUUGUGAUGUGUGUGGGCUUUUACUGGCCAAUAAAGUGGGACUUAAGCGUCAUAAAAAUUCCCAACAUCCAGAGGGUGGCAAAAAAGACCACAAAUGUCAAAUAUGUUUGAAAAUAUCACCUACACUUAGAGCUCUUAAAGCACACAUACAACGUACCCAUGAGUUGGGCUACAACUAUAAAUGUUCAUUGUGCGAGAAAGCUUUUAAACAACCAGCUGUGUUAAAGGCACAUAUGGCAAUACAUACGGGGAUACCUUUAUAUAGUUGUCCAUUUUGUCCAAAAACAUUUCAUUCGAAUAGUGCUAUGUAUUAUCAUCGAAAAAAUGCACAUCCUAAGGAAUGGGAAGAAUUGCAACGGCAAAAAUAUGUGAAUAAGUUGGCAUGACUUGAUGCAUAGUAUUAAAUAAAUCAAUUCAAAAUAAUCCUAUAUAGAUUAAGUGUAGAUUAACUAGAAUAGUCUAGAUUAUAGACCAGAUUAUAGACUAGACUAUAGAUUAGACACUAGACUAUAGACCGGACUAUAGACUAGACUAUAGACCGGACUAAAGACUAGAAUAUAGACCAGACAAUAGACUAUACUAUGGACUAGUGGUCUAUUGAUUACUAUAUGGAUUAUUUAUCAGAAGUUUAUAAGUUAGAAAAAUUACUGAAGAUAUCGUGGGGGUACCGCGGUAUUUUUCGAUAUCAAAAAGUGCUAAAAUAAGUACAUACAUAUGUAUGCAUAUGUAAACACAAUUCUCACUUACAUACAUAUAUGAAAAGUAUACAAAAUCACAACAUAAAAAUCAUCACAUAAGUAAAUGUUCUUUUAU